UUUUAGUCCUUUUUGUGCUUCCAUUCUCUGUAUUUGGUCUUUUUUCACUGAAGUGGUUGGUUGUGUUCUUGUCACUGGUUCUUGAUUCAUUAUGAGUUGUCUGAUUUUAUGCUCUGUCGGAAAAAAAUUUAGCCUGAAGCUUGUCGCUUAAUCGGGGAAAAAGAAACGCUUAGAAAGGAUAAGUCAUGUUUGGUUGAAAUUUAUGCAAAAUCAUAGUAUUCAAGCUUAGGAGUAGAAAAGGGAAAAGGGACAUAAUUUUCCCGUAAAGGUAACAUUCUUUCUCGGAAAACAAACAAGGUACACACUUUCUGGGAAAACCAAGCAUGGAGUCAGAUUUUCAGCACACCCGCUAUCAUCUCCGCGACAACCACCACAAGCAGCCCAACUCGGGCUUGACUCGGUACCAAUCCGCUCCGAGUUCGUACUUCUCCAGCUUCCUGGACGCCGGCGACGGCGUCGGCGAUGAGUUCCUAUUCCGACCACCGAGUCCGGAAACGGAGAGAAUUUUCCAGAAAUUCCUCGAAUCUACAGAGGAGCUAACGGAACCAAUGGAAGUAAAGCUUGAAAGAGAAGAACAAGCACCGCUACCGCCGCCGCCGCCGAUACCGCAGUUACAGCCGGAGAAGCAUAACAGUUUUCAGGGUUUUCAUCAGCAACAGAUGCAAAAUCAGAAACAGGGUGAGAUUCCGGGUAUGGGUUUUGGAGCGGCCGCGACUGCAAGCGCUGGGAUGAAGCGUUUGCCACCGCAACCGCCGUCAGCUGCAGCAGCGGCCGACGUUUCGAGUCUGAUUCGGCACAGUAGCUCGCCUGCAGGAUUGUUCAACUCCAUUAAUGUCGAAAACGAUUAUAUCCCGAUGAGAGGAAGCGGAGAUUUAGGGGAUAGUAAGGCGAAGAUAGAAUCUUUGUUUGCUAGCAAACCGCCUCCUUCCCCGAAAAUCCCCGACCUCAGAAAGCAGAGCAGUUUCGGGGCAAAUGAUCGGAGAACGCUCUCUGGAGGCUUCCAUCUCCCCGAAACCAAGAACCUCGAUGGCGUAAACAGGCUGUCACGUUUGUCACACCACUUGAGCCUGCCGAAAUCACUGUCUGAAAUGAGCGAGAUCGAGAAGAUCUUGCAGUUAUCGGAUUCCGUCCCUUGCAAGAUCCGAGCCAAACGUGGUUGCGCUACUCACCCGAGAAGUAUAGCCGAGAGGGUUAGGAGAACGAAGAUCAGCGAGCGAAUGAAGAAGCUUCAAGAUUUGGUUCCGAACAUGGACAAGCAAACGAACACUGCGGAUAUGCUCGAUCUCGCCGUUGACCACAUCAAAGAUCUCCAAGAACGCCUAAGGAUAUUACAAGAAGACCGAGCGAGAUGCACUUGUUCAAGUGUGAAGAAGUAGCAUAUUAAAUUAUAUUGGAUAUAAUGCUUUUGUGAUGGAGCAAUGGACAAGUCUUACUUAGGUUAGGAAUUAUUGUCUAUGUAUCAAUAAAUCAUCUUUUAUUUGCAUGCAUACACACAUACAUAUAUAUGCAUAUAUGUAUAUGUGUGUAUUCUUGUGUUUUAGUUAUCUUAAUGGACCUUGGUACAAUGAAGUUCCUUGUAAAUGUGAAACCCUUUUUUAUA